AUAUACUAGUAUUUUAACUUCUUCUGUCAUUUCGAUUCAUUUUAUAAAAUGUGGCGCCUGUGUAAUGAUGUUGAUGUUGGGAUGUACAGAGCAGAACUAAUUGAAUUACUCAAAUUGGCAUGGCCAAUGAGUUUGCAAUAUCUUACCAUCGUGCUCCAAAGCCUUGUCAGUCAAAGUUUCUGUGGACACAUAGGAAAAGAAGAAGGGGACGGAGUAACAUUGGCCAUUACUAUAGUGGUUGCUUUUGGCAUUGCUGUGCUUAUAGGACUGUCUUCGGCGGCUGAUACUUUAUUCUCACAGAUUCAGGGAAGUGGAAACAGGGGAGAGUUAGGUGUUGCCCUGCAAAGAGGCAUAUUGAUAAUGCUCCUAUGCUGUUUACCAUGCUGUGCGAUUAUCUUAAAUACGGACCUGAUCUGUCGAUUAGCUGGACAAGAUGCAGAUGUAUCAAGAAUUGCCGGAGAUUAUGGGACUAUAUUGAUGGCAGGUUUACCAGGAUACGGGCUGACACCACUCCUUUCUAAAUUUAUCCAAGUACAGUCAGUUUUGCUUCCAAGUGUUAUAAUUGGAAUUAUUACAAAUAUAGAAAACGUGGCUCUUAAUGCAUUAUUUAUCUACGCUUUGGAUCUUGGCAUCAGAGGAUCUGCUUUCGCUCUUGUCUUAAGCCUAUGGAGUUCGGUCAUUCUGCAUGUAUUGUUUAUAGCUUGCACGGGCUACAAGAAAGACACUUGGAAAGGCUGGAGCAAAAUGUGUUUAAACGAAUGGAGUACUUUUCAAAAACUAGCUAUUCCAGGAAUAUUCAUGGUGUGUCUGGAAAUCUGGACCGCCGAAAUAACUACAUUUUGCACUGGACUAACAAGUAAAACAGAACUCGCUGCAUAUGCUAGCUUGAUUAUUGUUGGAUUGAUGAUUACAGGUGUCGUUUUCGGCAUGGGUAUUGCAGCGAGCAUGCGCGUAGGUAUUCAUUUGGGAGCUGGAAAUGCAGAACAAGCCCAUGUAUCUGCUAGGGUUACAAUCUGUUUUGGAUCUUGUUUUGCUGUCGCCAUUGCUGUUCUUCUAAUCUCUCUUAAAGAUGCAGUACCUCAUUUUUUCUCAAAUGACGAAGCUGUUGUAACCCUGGCAUCCUCCAUCACACCUCUGCUGGCCAUUUUUAAGUUUUUCGAAAUAUAUCAGUCGAUGUGCGCGGGAAUACUACGUGGAAUUGGUUUUCAGGCUUUUGGGGCUGUCGUGAAUUUUAUUGCCAAUUUUCUCAUAGCGUUGCCAGUUGCCUUAUCCUUGAUGUUUGCAUCCUCUUUAAGUGUUGCAGGUGCGUGGUGGGGUACUAUCAUUGGCGCUAUAGUACUUUGUGUGGCCUACAGUAUCAGAAUCUUCACUGUUGACUGGAAACUAGAGUCUAUAAAGGCUAGGAAAAGAGCUGGUGUAGAAAUAGAAGACAUUACAUGCAUAGUCAAUGAUGAAGCAGAAAAUAUACACAUGGGCGAUAGAAACCGAGAGAUAAAAGAUUACAGAUCAUUUGAUACGUCUGCCCAAAGUGGAGAAGUCUCGUCAAACACACCAACGAGUUCAGCGACAAACAACCUAGAGGUUUAUAGUCAAGUGGCCAUACUAGUCAUUGUUAGCUUGAUAUUUGCAGGGGGUUUAUCUAUUCGAUUAACAGUGAAACCAAAUUAAUUGAAGAAUACAAACACUUCUCUUAUUUUAGGUGUAUUUAUUAACAUUUAGUUGGUAACAGAGUUGAAAUAAUGUUCAAUAAGAAUACAAUAAUAGAUUAUGGACUUUUUCUAAUUUGUGAUUGGUUGAAAAGAAUGGUGUAAAAAUUUACUUUAAUUUGAUUUGUUAAAAUGUCGCUCGACGCAAGGGAUAUAAUAUUCUGAUAAUGUAAUUUACGUACAAAUUAAAGUUUUCCAAGAUUUUCAGUCUUCAAAACAAAGAAAACGAAAAAAUAAUGAAAUUUUUAUUUAUGAAAUUAACGCUUAAUAUAUUUCAGUAAAACUAGUUAAAACAAUAUUCUAUUAUUAUCUAUUGAAAUUUUUUUUAUGCAAAUUAUUGAGUUGGAUAUGACUUAAUGGUAUUGAUGUUAAUAGUGAAUACAUGGUAAGAAGUACAAAGAAAGUUUUAAAAAAUUAGAGUCCACGUUGCAACACAUACACCAUUGAAUUAAGACCUUAUUACGGGCCACCAGAAGGCUGUCCGCUAUUUGAUAUACAGUUAGAUUUUGUAACUGCGUUUCUGCAGGAUUUUAUUUAAUAAAGAAUUAAUAUUAUGCUUAUUUAUAUGAAUUAAAGGUAAAUUUGCAUGUAAAAAUAUGUUUUAUGCCUUUAAAAAAUAUUACAUAUUUUUGUUUUACACGAAAAUGUUAAGUGGGUCCUAGACUGUCGUGUGAGGCCCCAUUUUACCGAGACUAUAAUCUAUUCGGAAAAUUUCGGAGUUUUUCAUUAUAUCAUGAUCGGUAUACGGGACAUUCUAAAGACCUGAAAUACUAAAGACCUGAAUGACAUGAAAUUUAAUAUAAAUGAUAUAUUUGAAUUUCUUUGUUUUGCGUCAAUUAAAAUGACUUUGUGUGUGUAUUUAUUAUAUUUCCAUGUGAAAUAUGGUAUUUACGCAAAAAUAUGACAGACCUGACAAUUUGAGCUGACCUGAUGUAAUUUGAAUACUUUUGAGAACCUCAUGCAAUUAAAUUAGCAUAAACUGAAGUGUAGAUAAGAUUUAUAAUUCAAUACAGAAAAAAAAAAGUCAUCCGGCUUAUUUUUUAUUUAUUUAAUUGUGCAGUUUCUACCGGAUAAGCAUAUGAUCUUACAUGAUUCAAUACAAUGCAACAAAAUAUAUAAAUGUUUGAAAUACUAUUUCCAAGAGAAUAACGAUCAUGAGUUGAACUCUGAAUAAUGUACAAAUCAAUGUGUUCUCCAUUACAUCAUACUAUUGCAAUAGUCAUACAAUUACCGUUAGAAAUGCUUAGAGUAGCGAACUCGAUUCUUAAUAAUAAUAGUAAACUGUUAAACUUCAAAACGUGUUGCUGAAAAAUAUAUCAAAAUUUACCAUUAAGAUUAAUAGUACAACCAACUUGUUAUUUUCUUCUUUGUGGUGUGUUUUUAUGUAAACAUCUUAUGAUGAUUUAUUUAAGGUGGAGCAUUUUCUUUUGCUCAGUAUUCACUGCAGUAUGGGAUAUUCAUCAUAAUAUUACUCUGGUGAAAACCUGAUAGUUUUAUUCAAUAACGAUCAAUUAAAACAAAGUCGUCUGUACUACAAAAUCAAAUGAUCUCAUCUUAAAAGAAAGACGCGUUCAUUUAUACAAACAUAGCUAAAAUUAAAUCGAUAAACUACUGUAAAAUUAUACUAGUUUUAAUGCAUUGUUUACUUUGGUGAAUCAAGAAUGAUAAGUGGGGAACAUUUUUUUACGGGUGCUGAGUUUUCACGGUAAUUUCUCAGAAAUGCAAAGGCAGAAAAAUCUUAAUACACGUAUUCUAACAUUCCUUUAUAUCAAGCUUUAUAUUUAUGAAAGAAAUCCAUGGGUUAAGAAUUGUUUCUUAUGACCUUUAAGUAAGUGUUUAUAUACGGGCGAUAACUCUUACAAUUAGAUGUAGGCAUCGUUAGUAAGUGCAUGACAUUGUAUUUAUAUACCAUGAAAACGUUUCUCUUUGUUUUCAUUAUUAUCUACAUAUACAACGAUCGCUUACUGCUGAUCGAAAUUAACUUCCUUGUAAUGUCAUGUUGUAAAUUUUAAAUUUACCGGGUGGCAGUAAAUACAAAAUUUACAACAUGACAUAUCCCGGGUGGCAGUAAGUACAAAAUUUACAACAGGACAACUUUGUCCUGUUGUAAAUUUUGUAUUUAUUGCCACCCGGUAAAUUCAAAAUUUAGAAGAUGACAGUAGCAAUUUAAGACGUAGAACGUAUACAUAUCGAAGCGGAAGAAAGUAAAGAAGACCUUUGGUUUGCACAUGAUGUGGACCUCGUACUAGUAUAUCUUAACAAUGUCAAAAUAUUGGAAAGAAAUCGGGAUCCCCAUUAAAAGAGCUAGGAAUUCAUUCUCAAAAUAAGAAUCCCAUUUAAAUUAACACAGAGCAAGACUUCUCUCUAACAUUGAAAGGCAUACAGAAAAUUAUGUCCAUAAUUAAAAAAAAAGGUACAAAUAAAAACAUAAGAUUCACAGUCAGAAAAACAGUACACGGCACACUACUAAAAAAAACUUGAAAGAUAAAACCGUGAGUCUAAAUUAAGGACUGAUUGUUGGUAUUGACCUUUAGGGAAAGUAGAUCAUUACACAAUUUAGUUAGGAAAGAUUUACAGUUCUUCUGACGUAGUACUUUUUAAGUAUUUUACCGUCUAAAAAGUGUCAGUCGCUAUUUAAACACUAAGCAUGUAAUAUUCAUUUGCAAGACAGUGAAUUUGCAAUGUAGUCGGAAAAGCAAUGUUAUGUCGAAUAUUCGCCGUCCGUUAUUAGCUUCUUCUCACGACAAUUUAGCUAAUGAUACCCCCUUUUCAAUCAAUUCUAAACAAAGUAAGAAAACGACGAAAUAAAACAGUCUGAUUUCUAUAUGCAUUUUAUC